AUGAGGAAUGUAACAGAAUUCAUCCUACUGGGCCUCACUCAAAAUCCACAGAUGAAGCAACUCUUAUGCAUUGUGUGUUUCAUCACCUAUGUGAUUACACUAGCAGGAAACAUGUUUAUCUCCAUCAUCAUCUUCAUCAGCCCAGCCUUGGCUUCUCCCAUGUACUUCUUCCUAUUCUGUCUGUCCAUUAUAGAUGGUUUUUACUCUUGCUGUGUAGCUCCCAAAAUGAUCCUUGACUUGAUCUCUGAAAAGAGCACCAUAUCCUUCAAUGGAUGCAUGACUCAGCUCUUUGCUGAUCACUUUUUUGCUGCAGUGGAAAUCAUCCUGCUCAUUGCCAUGGCCUAUGACCACUAUGUGGCCAUCUGUAAGCCCUUGCACUAUGUGACCAUCAUGAGCGUACCUGUGUGUGCUUUCCUGGUGGUGGUCGCAGUGCUCUUAGGAAUACUUCAUGGGGGGAUACAGGUUCUGUUUAUUGCCCAGUUACCAUUCUGUGGCCCCAACGUCAUUGACCACUUCUUGUGUGAUUUAUUCCCACUCCUGGAGCUGGCUUGCACUGACACCCACACUCUGGGGCCCCUGAUUGCUGCCAACAGUGGGUCACUGUGUUUACUCACUUUUUGUAUGCUGGCUGUGUCCUAUGUCAUUAUCCUGUGCUCCUUAAGGACAUACAGUUCUGAAGGGCGCCACAAAGCCCUGUCCACCUGUGCCUCUCAUGUUACAGUUGUUGUCUUAUUCUUUGUGCCUUGUUCAUAUCUUUACCUGAGAUCUAUGACCUCCUACCCCACUGACAAGGGUGUGGCUGUGUUUGUAACACUAGUAACACCCAUGCUGAACCCCUUAAUCUACACCCUCCGAAAUGAGGAAGUUAAAAAGGUUAUGAAGAAACACUGGGGUCAAAUAAUGAAAAGAGGUACUUAA